AUGUCAACUUACAAAUCAGAUGCGGAAUCUCUCCAGUCAAAAUACAAGAACACAUCACCUCCUGAGUGUUCUGAAACAUCGCAAAGAAUCAACACAGCCCUCCAGCGUAUCAUCGCGCUUGGAGCCGUUCUAGACAGAUAUUCUUCAGAGCCUGCCAAUAAUGGCGGUUUCUUCGGGAAUCGAGACCAGCUCAUGAAGGCAUUUCAAGCCGUCCAGGCUUCUAAUAAAAGUCUCAUAAACAAGGGUGAUAGUGCUCGUCAUACGAUGGUGGACGAAAUUGUGAGUGUGGGCGGAGAUUACUGUAGUACCAGCUUGGGGAAGUUAGGAUUUGGGAGCCCUCAAUAA